CAGCUGUUUUUUGUUGCGGCAUUAUUUUACAAAAAAAUAAAGUAUAUGGCAUUAAGAGCGUAAAAUGUCUGCGGCCAAUCCAUUUCGCACAACGUUUCGGCUGCCCAGCCGUAACCAACGCAUCAACUGGUUCCCUGGACACAUGACUAAGGGAAUGCGACAAAUUCAGCAAAAGCUUCGCAGCGUGGACUGCAUCGUUGAAAUCCAUGACGCAAGAAUUCCUAUGGCAGGUCGGAGCUCACAGUUCUUCGAUACUAUAACAGGCAACGGCGUCAAACCACAUAUACUGGUGCUCAACAAAGUCGAUCUCCUAGGACCCAAACAACAGCGAGGAAUUGUAAAGCAGCUACGAGAUCAACAGCCUGAAUUGAGAAACAUACUUUUCACAAACUGUAAAGAUCAACGAAAUAGUGGUGUUUUGGAUAUAUUGCCUAUGGCCACCAAAUUAGUUUCAGAAAGCAGUCGCUUCAACAGAUCCAACAGUGCCGAACACAAUAUAAUGAUAAUGGGUGUGCCUAAUGUUGGCAAAAGCUCCAUUAUCAAUGUUUUACGAAAUGUUCACCUGAAGAAAAAGAGCGCAGCACGCGUCGGUGCAGAGGCUGGCAUCACUCGAUCCGUUGGCGAGCGUAUCAAAAUACAGGAGCAACCAUUAGUAUAUAUGAUUGACACGCCGGGAAUUCUGCAGCCCUCUGUUACGGACGAUGAGAUGGGGCUCAAACUGGCCCUAGUUGGCUGUUUGCCAGAUCAUAUUGCCGGCGAGGAUCUGAUUGCGGAUUACCUCUUAUACUGGCUAAAUAAACACCGGCGCUACGAGUAUGUAGAUAAACUAGGACUGCAAGGCGGACCCAACGACAAUAUUACUGCAGUGCUAGCAGAUUUCGCUCAGCAGCAGGGCAUGUUCCAUCGAGUAAAACAAUACAAUGGUCAGGUAGAGGUAAUGACAAAUUUAUUGGCUGCUGCACGAAAGUUUAUAAGCUACUUUCGCACUGGACAGCUGGGUGCUAUAAAUCUAGAUGAAGAAUGCACAUAUCAAAGUUAAGCUUAU